AUGGCCGCCAGCGGGCGGAGCUCAAAGCCCGGCGGACCGCGGUCCGACUCUUCUGCCUGGAACUCGCUCAACACUGUGCUGCUGCUUGGCGCAGUGCUGCUGCUGCUUCGCCAGCAGUGGCAGUCGGCAGAGAAGGCGGGCACACGGGUCACGCUCCCUCCGCGCGUCGGGCUCUGGCCGCCCCCGCCCGAGUACGUGGCAGACGGCGGCGGCGGCGGCACGGCGGCGGCAGAGGCGGCGAGCGCGGCGGCGGCGGUGGCGGCGGCGCGCUCCGAGGCGGAGCGGGAGCGGCAGGCGGCGGCCAAGCUCGGGGCGGAGCUGGCUCGCCUCCGGGCGGCCUCACGCACAGCAGCUGGCGGCGGCGGCUCGGCGGCGGCGCGUGGCGGCGGCGACCCGGCGAGGCUCGAGUGCCUGGCCGAGAAGCUGCUCGACGGGCGGGGCGUGAGGCUGGGCAUCCUCGGCGGCUCCGUCUCCUUCGGCACCACCUUCACCACCUCAAAGCACCUCCCGCCCAAGCCCGACCUGGUCGUGGUGGAGUACGCCGUCAACUUCGACACCACCGUCGACGAGGCGCCCACCUCCGCCUCUCCCCUCCCCCCCCCCCCUCACCCCUCUCCCCACCAGCUCCUGCCGGCCAGCUCCUCACGCCCUGCGCAGGACGCUGCGUCCUUCGAGCGGCUCCUCCGGCAGCUGCUCAAGCUGCCCGGCGCACCCGCGGUGCUGCUGCUCAACACGCUCGAGCUGAUGGUCCACCCCGCCAGCUGGGGGGCAAACGUGCAGCGCAUCUUCUUCUCGGGCUGCGACGGGUACGGCUGCCUCAAGGCGCCCCCUUGGGCAGACUCGAACGACCUCGCCUUCCCGUACGAGGCCAAGGCGGAGGACGCCAUCGUGCGGCUCGCCGGCUACUACGGCAGCGCCACCGCGCCAAGCUACGCAGGCGGCGCGCGGGGCCGCGUGCCCUCCGUCUCGCUGCGCGGCGCCCUCUACAGCGAGCUCAAGUCGAACUCGACCCGCUGGCCGCUCAAGCAGCUCUUCCACGACCGGCACCACCCCGCGGCGUGGGGGCGCUCCUCCUCCCCCCCGCGGCGCACUUGGCACUCCCUCAUGGCGCAGCUCGUCAUCGACCGGAUCCGAGCCGCGCUCGACGCCGUCGCCGCCCGCCGCAGCGCCGGGUCGCGGCCGCAGAGCGCGUGCGCCGCCGUGUCCGCCGAGGCUGCUGCUGGCACGCCGGGCCCGAGCGGCUACCCGCUGCUGGCGCCGCUGCUGUCGCCGAGCGCGCCGGUCGGGCUCUGCCUCAAGGGCGACGAGCUCACGCGCGCGAUGCUCAACUCGUCGACCUUUGCGUACCGCGUCGAGGGCACCGACGCGAAGAUGAAGCCGGGCAUCAUCGGCACCGCGCCGGGCGAGCACGCCGAGUUCUGCAUCGACGUCGACCGGCUGGGCAGGGGGGAGCGCUUCACGGUCCUGCUCGGCCACCUCGUCUCGUACGAGCACAUGGGCAUCGCCCGCGUCACUUGCGAAGGCGCGACGCCUCCUCACCACCUCGCCGGCGAGGCGAGAGGCGAGUGCUCAUGCCCGGCCGAGGAGGUUGACGCCUUCGUCAAGGGCGGCCAGUUCUCCGUCUUCAAGGCGAAGGUGCUCGAGCUCGCGCGCGCCAGGGCGCCCGCCGCGAAGCCGCCGCCGCGUGCGGGCUGCGGCUGCCAGCUCCGGCUCGAGAUCCUGCCAAAGUCGGGCUCGGGCGAGUUCAAGUUCAAGGAGCCCCCUCUCAAGGGGGGCGAGGGGCCCGCUGGCUGA